AUGGAACUUAUGCAGCUGAAGCAAGGUUCCUUGUCUGUGGCAGAUUACAUUAGCAAAUUUGAGAAGCUUUGUAGGUUUUCUUGGGUGUGUCAGGGUGUCCCGAAGACCUACAAAGUCUGGAAGUGUAUCAAGUACCAAAGAGGCUUGAAAGAUAGCAUUAUGACAGCUGUGGUUCCUAUGGAGAUUCGUACCUUCUCCGACUUGGUGAACAAAGCAAGGGUGGUUGAGGAGUAUGCCAAGACGGUAGCUUCAUCCAAGGAAACUCACGGAGGAAACACUAGUAAGGGGCAUGGCAAGUAUUUUCGUCUGAGAGACCAAAGUUUCAAGAGAGGAGGAUAUGCGCCUCAAGGGCAAGGAGGUUUCAGAAAGAAUACUCAGAAUCAGUUUCAGUAUGCUAAAGGAAGACAAAAUCAGAGUAAGAAUUCUCCAGAUUUGACUUGUGUGCAUUGUGGGCGUUUUCAUCUAUAUGACUCUUUCAAGAUUGGUUUAGGUGGUUGCUUCAACUGUGGUUUACCUGGUCAUAUUGCGAGGGAUUGCACUCGUGGGAGGAACCCGAAUGCGGGCCAGAGUCAGCAUCAAGGACGGGUUUUUGUUGUGAACGCCAAGGAUGCUUUUAAGGCGGAUCCGUUGAUGAGAGGUUUGAAAGUGUCAGAAUUAUCAUUUGAUCUGCACGUGCAUACUCCGCAUCAGACGGUCAUGACUAGGUCAGGCUAUAGGCAAGUAUGUUUCAAGCUUGAGGGUAGAGACUUUGUGCAUGAUUUGAUCUGUUUACCAAUGAUUGGGUUAGAGAUGAUUUUAGGGUUUGAUUGGUUGUUAAAGAAUCGGGUGUUGUUGGAUUGCUUUGAGAGGACAAUUCAGUUAAUGCCGGAAGGGAAAAAUGGGGCAGUGAUAGCUGAGGGGUACUACCUGAACUCUGUAAUGGUACACUGUAGUAGGGAAGAGUGUCAGGGUUAUAUUCUAUUGGCUGCGAAUCCAUUAGGUGAUGAUCAGAACCUCAAUCAAAUUCCGGUAGUUAGAGACUUUCCGGAGGUAUUCCUGGAAGAUAUCCCUGAGUUUCCACUUCAAAGGGAGAUUGAAUUUGCGAUUAAAUUGGCGCUGGGAGCCGGACCAGUGUCGAUUGCGCUGUUCAUUCGACCGAGUGUUUCCCCAUGGGGAGUGCCAGUUUUGUUGGUGAAGAAGAAGGAUGGAGGAAUGCGACUGUGUGUGGAUUACCGACAGUUGAACAAAGUGACGGUAAAGAACAAGUACCCGCUGCCAAGGAUAGAUGACUUGAUGGAUCAAUUGCAAGGAGCUAGAGUAUUUUCCAAGAUUGAUUUGAGAUCCGGUUACCAUCAGAUAAGGGUGAAAGAGGAUGAUAUCCCUAAAACUACGUUUAGGACACGCUAUGGACACUACGAGUUUGCGACAGCAAGGGAGCAUGAGGAACACUUGAGGAUUGUAUUGCAAAUCUUGAAGGAGCGGAAAUCGUAUGCUAAGUUGUCGAAGUGA